AUGCAAGGAUUUAUCAAGGCAAAUUUGGAUGCUUCUCUUAAUGAACAAAACAUGGGGAUAGGUAUUGUCAUUCGUGAUGAAAAAGGUGAAGUAAUGGCAAGUGCAUGUUAUAAGAAGCAACCAGUCAAAGACCCAACUUUGGCAGAAAGCUUAGCACUAUGGCAGACUGUGGAGUUAUGUAAUGAUCUCGGGUUGAAUAAGGUGAUUUUGGAAGCUGGGGAUGCCCAAGCGGUGGUGAAUGAUGUUAAUAGGGGAGAAGAUCAGGACUUGUCUCUCUGUGGACACAUCAUUGAAGACAUCAAAUUAGCAGUGCUGAGGGGAAGACAUAACUGGAAAGUGCAGUACAUCAAUAGAAAAGGCAAUGAAGGGGCUUAUUCACUAGCAAAGGCAGCGGUGCAAUUUGAGCAUGAAGUUGGUGUGGAAAAUUGA